CCUCUAGAAAGAAAUUCCAGUUUCCUAGCAGCCUAUUGUGUUAGGUAAUCUUUUAAAAAUGGGUGGUUCAUAGUUGGUUGCUUGAGCCCUUUUUUGUUCCCCUUGUAUUCAUUAUCUUGAUAUUGCUGCACAAUUUUUCUCCCAUUAAUAACAUGAUCAUCUUUUGUUUGUCCCUUUGGUUUGCAUAUUAUUAACAUGUUUCUUGACAGGGAGCUUUAUAGCAACAACAUAAGUGGAAGAAUUCCUAUUGAGCUUGGCAAUUUGACAAGUUUGGUGAGCUUGGAUCUUUACUUGAACAAUUUGAGUAGUAUCAUCCCGGACACGCUGGGCAAGCUUCAGAAAUUACGUUUCUUACGGCUUAACAACAACACUUUGUCUGGAACUAUUCCUAUGUCAUUGACUACUAUCAACUCACUUCAAGUCCUUGAUCUUUCAAACAAUAACUUAGCAGGAGUUGUCCCAGUUAAUGGCUCCUUUAAACCUUUUACUUCUUUCAGUUUCCGAAAUAAUAGUUUUACAAUUUCUCCACCACCUCCAUUUUUGUCACCACCCUCAUCUACUGCUUCAGACCUUGUCACAGAUGACUUGGCUGGAUUUGUAAUUUGUCCUUCUAACUUCAUGCACAUUAUUGCUUUUGAAAGCAACUAUACGAAAAUAAAUUGUAUGUCAGGUCAAUUCCUCAACCAGUAUGUAUAG